UCCUAGAAAAAUUGAUUGGAAUCAGAUCGAAAGAGAGAUCCUUUUCUCUCGUUCUUUGCAUUAUUUUUCAUCGUUACGACCGGAUUUUCGCUGAUAGGUUGCGACGUGAUCAAAGGAGACCACUUUUCCUCACUCUUUGCAUUAGUUGUGGCCCAGAUUUGCAGAUUAGAAGACCUAGUUUUGGCCCAUCGUUUUCACUUGUCCGCCGGUCCAUUCCCUGAAGUGCGAUGGGCAUGUAGAACUGGAUCUUUUCGUGGAUGCCUGUCAACUGUUUGCAGAAAUUUCGAACAGAAAUAGGGUUUCUUUCGUUCACCUGAAUUCGGGCUCAUGCCGAGUGCAACAGAAGCCACCUUUCAAGCUUUGGACCAUACCCAAGAGCUCCAGAUCCUUCAACAUGAUACAUUGCAUUCAGUGCAUGCCAUCUGCAGGUCAACAGUUGCAGACAGUUGUUUCUGCCACCCUGUCCGGAAACAAUUUGGCAAAAUGGGCACACCAUUCUCAGAAAGCAAGCCAUUCAGAGAAUCCAGUCAUGAAGAAGUGAGGAGCAUGACUCAUCUGCAAGACACCUUGCUUCAUAGCCAUGAAACUCGUGCCAUCAGAGAAGUGUUUCAUGGCAUCUAUGAGCAGCUUGAUAUGUCUCAUAUGGAUACUUGCAGAAGUUGAUCACUCCUACCAAUGAUUGUGGGAGCGUUUAGAUGCUAUCCCACUCGAUGAAGAGAUCUCGAAAGGGAUGAACAGAUUGCAAUGUGCAUGUCGAGAUCACUCCACAUAUCAUUAUUGGCAGAAUCUUUCUCCAAAUAGAUUGGACAAAGCUCAUCUUUGUCAAAGGUGAAGCAGGCUGUGGACAAGGCUUGACCUCUUGUGGGCAAGGGCGAAGCAUGGGGAGACUUAAAGCUUGUAAAAGACAAAGGAGCAGCAGCCAUGUGGGAAUCAGUCACCCAUCCACCUCAAGGACAGCCCAUGCCUGCAUCAAGACGCCAUGCAAGCAUUUAUAUCCAUUGGCGGCUUCCCCCUCCCUCGCCACGCCCCCCACCAUGCAGCCGUGCCUCCAUCCCCUCCUCCUCCUCCGCCGCCGCCGCCGCCGCCCAGCAGCCGCGGCCGUGAGCCCGCAGUGGCGCUCGAUCUUAUCACUUUGGCUUCCGGAGCUACAGGAGCCAUGGCAAGGAAGCAGCACCUGAGACAACACUUUGUGCUUCGCUGCCAUGCGAUCCAUGUUUACGUUGUUGCUUUCUCUAUCAUAGCCCAAGUAAUAUGUUUCACCCUCGAUGACUCCAUGUACAGAUUAUUCACAAUGCAAUAGUAACUCUAUGGAAUGCACUGUUCUUCCACAAAGGUCUCAUCGAUGGCUGAUCGAUGAAAAUGAUGCCUUG